ACCACCACCACCACCACGCCACAGCUCCCCUUCCUUUUCAGUUUUCUCCUUACCUUUCCCUCAUAAAAUUUUGAAGAAAAAUCCAACCUUUACCUCUUCAAGAAACUCCAUUCUCCGCCCUCAUGAGCUCAAACAAACCUUCAAGAAUCCAUUUUUCCAGAACAUGAGAUUGAUAUCCAACAAUGUAUUCAAGAAAGCUUCUUAUUUUCUCAAUUUUCUUUCUGUUCUUCAACUUCGAAUACAUUCAACCGCUACCGUCAUCAUCUUCCGGGACUACUCUGAAUUUCGACUUCCAAUCUUUAGCUCUCAGAAAUCUCACUCUUCUUGGAGAUUCUUAUCUCAGAAAUGGUGUUGUAGGGCUGACAAAAGAGCUUGGCGUCCCAUCUUCAAGCUCUGGUUCUGUAAUCUACAAUAACCCAAUUGCCUUCUUUGAUCCAGAAACCAACAUCACUGCCUCUUUCUCCACAAGAUUUGCUUUUUCGAUUCAAAACAUCAAUCCCUCUUCGUCUGGAGAUGGAUUAACCUUCUUUCUGUCUCCUGAUAAUCAGACUUUAGGGAGCCCAGGAGGGUAUCUGGGGCUUGUGAAUUCAACACAGUUGACGAAGAACAGGUUCAUUGCCAUCGAGUUUGAUACAAAACUAGAUUCUCAUUUUGACGAUCCUGAUGAUAAUCACGUGGGUUUGGAUAUCGAUAGCCUGAUCUCAAUAAAGACUGCCAAUCCAGCUUCUCUGGGUAUUUCGUUGAAAAGUGGGAACUUGAUUUUUACUUGGAUUGAUUACAAGAAUGAGGAAAAGAAGCUAUAUGUGUUCUUGAGUUAUUCAAGUUUCAAGCCUGGGGUGCCGCUCCUGAAGGUUGAUAUUGACCUGUCUGGUUAUCUCAAGGACUUUAUGUAUUUGGGAUUUUCUGGUUCCACUGAGGGAAGUACCGAGCUGCACUUUAUUGAAAAUUGGAGCUUUCGGACUCGGGGCUUUAGGCCUGUACGACCAAGAAUUCAUCCUCAUAACGUCACUGAAAAUUCUGUGCCUUUAAAUCCCCCAAUCCCAGUUUCUGAUCCUGGCAAUAGGCAUCACAGGAGGCUUGGAUUGGGCUUUGGGAUUGCUGGUCCUGCUUUCUUUUGUGCUGUUCUUGUAGUAUUUGGGUGGAUUUCUGUCAACAAAUGGAAGGAGAACAAAACAGAGAAGACCCUGAAAGCAGAGCUUGUAACAGGACCAAGGCAAUUCAGCUAUCAAGAACUCAAGUCAGCCACAAAAGGAUUUCAUGCCAAUAGGGUCAUUGGGCAUGGUUCCUUUGGUACCGUUUACAAGGCCUUUUUCGUAAAUUCCGGUGCCGUUUUUGCCGUUAAAAGAUCAAAACAUACCCAUGAAGGUAAAUCUGAAUUUCUUGCUGAAUUGUCAAUCAUUGCUUGUUUGAGGCAUAAGAACCUGGUUCAGCUGCAGGGAUGGUGCGUUGAGAAGGGAGAAUUACUUCUCGUAUAUGAGUUUAUGGCCAAUGGAAGUCUUGAUAAAGUGUUGCACCAAGAAACCGACAAUGGCAAUCCACUGAAAUGGCCAUACAGGUACAAUAUUGCCGUUGGACUGGCAUCUGUUCUCACCUAUUUGCAUCAAGAAUGCGAGCAGCAAGUGAUCCAUAGGGACAUAAAAACCAGUAACAUAAUGCUUGAUGGGAGCUAUAAUGCAAGGCUUGGGGAUUUCGGAUUGGCAAGACUCAUGGAUCAUGAUAAGAGUCCUCUUUCAACACUUACUGCCGGAACCAUGGGAUACCUUGCUCCUGAGUACCUUCAAUACGGAAAAGCAACUGAUAAAACUGAUGUAUUCAGUUAUGGUGUGGUUAUACUUGAACUAGCUUGCGGAAAAAGGCCAAUUGAGAAAGAAGGUAGUGCCAACAAAAUGAUCAAUCUGAUUGAUUGGGUUUGGAAGCUGUACUCUGAAGGAAAGCUUACAGAAGCAGCAGAUAAAAGAUUAAAUGGUGAAUUCAGAGAUGAGGAAAUGAGGAAACUGCUGCUUAUUGGUUUGAGCUGUGCAAAUCCAGAUAGUGCAGAAAGGCCUACCAUGAGGAGGGUCUUCCAGAUUCUCAACAAUGAAGCAGAGCCUAUUUCAGUGCCAAGGGUGAAACCUAGCCUCACUUUCUGUAAUAGCUUGCCACUGAGCAUAGAUGAUAUUAUUUCAGAUGAUGAUGGAGGCAAUACCCCUGACUCUCAAUUUGAGAUAGUAGUUGACUGAAGCCAGAGGUCAUAUUCUUGAGGAUUUGCGUCUUGGAUUCUUUGAUUCUUUCUUUCCCCCCACACCUGUUAGGCUCACUUGUAUUCUUAGUCCAAUGUUUCUUUUUAGCACUCUGAAGUAAAAUUUCGAGUUCAAAGUCAUUCCAUUGAACUCUGCUAUGUUGUGCAGUCUCCCGAAGAUAUUAGAAUUGCAUGCGAAGACACUUGCCCAAUAUAGA